AUGGAGGAUGGUGGUCAGGUUCCAUUGGUUGAAAAUGGGUCUAAAGUGCCCAAAUCACGUCUUAGGGCACUGAAAAAUGACUUCUAUGGCAUAGUGGACUUCAGAAAUAUCGACAAGGUGACAUUGGGCAAUUAUGAGUUCCACACUUGGUAUGGGAACACGGCCUAUUUUUCAAGAGCAAAUAAUAGCCAUCCAGAAUUGGGUAUUAAUACUUUAGUACCGAGGAAAAAACAUUUGGGUGGUGACCCAACAUCGGACUUUUGGCUUAAAACACUCCAUGUUUGUGAAUAUUGCUUCAAAUAUUGUGCUGAAAAAUCAAGUAUGAGUUCCCACCGGCUGGUUUGUACAAAAAAUACUCCAUUUCCUCAAACCGGCCGCCUUGUAUAUAGGGAUCCCAUCUCCAAGUACGUGAUAAAACAAGUACGAGGGUACCGACAUCAGUUGUUUUGCCAAAACUUGUGUCUUUUUGCCAAACUAUUUCUUGACGAUAAAUCGGUCUAUUAUAACGUUGAUGCCUAUGAAUUUUUCAUUAUUUACGGCCAUCCAGAUACAGGCUCGGAAAUAGACCGAAACAUGGUUCCUAUGGGCUACUUUUCUCAUGAAUUGGGAGCUUGGGACAACGAUAAUAAUCUAGCUUGCAUCUGUGUGUUUCCACCAUUUCAAAAUCGACGGCUUGGAACACUUCUUAUAGACCUUCUGUAUGAGGUUCCGCGAGCCCACGGCCAAUCAGAACCAACUGGACCGGAAUAUCCACUCCUGCCGUUUGGAAGGGCUACUUAUCUACGUUACUGGGCCAAGCGACUAGCGCACAUUCUCCUGUGCUCUUUACAACGAAAGACACUGUUCACACUACAAGACUUAUCUGAUCUCACUGGAUUUCGAAAAGAAGAUAUACUAUUGACAUUGGAGUUCAUGCAAGUACUUGGCAAGAAAGUUGUGCUGCAAAAUGGUGAAGAAGAAGGUUGCAAACCCGUUCUUCUGCUUGAAAAUCUCCGCCAAUGGUGUGUGAGAAACAGGGUGGAAACGAGUCAGGACAUGAGAAUGCUCAAUCCCGACUACUUGGUGCUAUGA